AUGGACGUAUUGUCGUUGGUGGUGAUGAUAAGACUGUCGGGUCCAUUGGAGGCCACCUGCAAGGCGGCGUCCACGGCGCAGCAAGCCACACCUUCGGCCUGGCAACAGACCAAGUCCUUGAAUACAAAGUUGUGCUUGCGUCGGGUGAAGUCGUUACAGCUAAUGCAUGUCAAUACGGAGACAUCUUUACUGCUCUCCGUGGAGGCGGUGGGGGCACCUUCGGCUUUGUGGUAUCGGCUACGAUCAAAGCAUACCAUACACAUCCGGUCCUUUCACACUCUCCAAGUUGUUCCACUGAAUGGCAGCUUAACUCAGCUGCUGAAUACAACCGUGGGAAUUAUAUCGAGAUAUCCCAUCAUUUUGGAUGAAGGGCCCGCAGGCUACGCAAGUGUAUUGCGCGCGGACGGACAAGUGCUAUACGAGCAUACUUUCAUAAAGAUGAUCGAAAGCAAUUCCUCCGCUACCAUCGAACGCGCCAAGAACAUCAUGAACCAGCAGGUAGUGAACAAUCUGGUUCGACUCAACACGACCACAUUUGAUGUCAAAUCAAACUUCCAGUACUUCUCGUUUAAAGAGUACUUCCUGGGCAGUGGGAGUCACCAAGCAGAAGCCGCAAGCACACCUAUCAUGGCAUCGCAAUCUAUCGAGACGCUUCAGACCCUCUUUUCUCUGGAAGGUCCUGGAGUACACGCCACGGCAUCCUUCCUUGAGCUGUGUCUCGUCGGCGGUGGCCAAGUCCUACAACCCGCGCCGCAUACCUCCGUUCACCCAGCGUGGCGCAGAAUCUAUCUCCUCGCGGAGCAAGUCGACUUCUGGCCUGAGAAUGCGGAUUCCCAGGGAAUUCAGCAAGUCAAAGAUGAGGCCACUCUCAAGAAGCUGAAGGUGAUGAAGGCGUUGACUCCUGGCAUGGGAACCUAUCUGAAUGAAGCUGAUGGAUAUGAUCCGGGGCGGAAAGAGGAUUGGUACGGAAGCAGGUAUGACUGGCUCAAGUCAGUUAAGCAGAAUUAUGACCCGGAAGAAGUGUUUUGGUGCUGGCGAUGCGUCGGAAGUGAGGACUGGGAAGAGGUGAAGGGUGGAACGAUAUAUGGGCCCCUUUGCAAGAAGAACUAA